AUGCCGCCAGGGCGCGAAGGCUGGCGCUGCCGGCUCCGGGGCCCGAGCGCGGCGGGAAGGGGCUGCGGGUGUAGAGGCAGGCGCCGGGGGCAGCCGUGUCCCCGGGAAGGCUGCGCGGCCACCCCGCGAUGGGUUCCCCGGGGCGAAGCCACCAGGAGUUCCUGCGGCGGCCCCGGCCGAGGGGUGGCGCGCGCCGCGGGCGAGGCGGACGUUGCGUCCUGUGCCGACAGUUUCCAAGGCGGAGAGCCAAGCGCCGCUGCUCCGGCGGUCUGCUUGGAGCGAGAAGCGUCUGCGGCCGGGUGGCCUCGCUGGGGCUCAGGCCAGCGCUGGGGCGGCUCUGAGGCGGAGGAGGGGCGAAAGGAGAGGCCGCGCCCGAGGCCCUCGGUGAGUCACCCCCACCCCAAGGAGGACGUGACCUCCAGCAUUUAUGCGUCCCCGAUUCCUUGCCCAGCAUGGAGCGGGGUCCAGCUCCGCGAAGACCUCAAGACCCAGCACUCCACGCCUCCCUUCCAGAGGCCUGGCUGUUUUCAGGAGGAGAACCUUGGUCUAGAUCAGAAAGAGGCUGGCUGGGCCUGCAGGCUCUGCAAGUCUCUCUCAGGAGCACGCGUAAGCUGUGGCUCCCGCUGCAGACGCAGACAGGACACAGGCAGAGGGAAGAGCCUCAGUGCAGCCCUCAAAGACAGCGGAGUGGGAGGCCACCUGGGUUGUGCUCACACCCACCCCUUGCAAAGCAGCCACACCGCCUGCGGCUUGGGUUUGAGAAGUGCGGGCUCCACCUACGAGGCCCUUGCUGUCGGCAUGAGUGGGCGAUGGCGCUCUUCAACAAGAAGCACUGGAGACAAGUUUCGGUGAACAUGUCUGCUUUAUUAACGAGCAAGCACACCUUUCAAAGGGCAGGCGGAGGGGGCAAAGGGCAGGCAGAAGGGGCGUGGUGUAGCUAAUUCAGGGCAACACCAAUUCUAUAGGAUGGAGCCGAUAUUGGCGCCACUCUGCUUUUCCAAUCAGCUUGAAGGUCACGUAGGCUAGUAGCUUUCCUGGUGGGCCUGGGCCACACCCGGGAGCAGUUUACCUGAUUGGCAGAAGGCGGGGGUGGGGGAAAUGUUCCUGGGGCUCCCCCGCCGCCCGCCAGCAGUCAGGCUAACUGCAUGGGCUAGGCAGGCAGCCUCACAGGAUCACCCACAGAGAAGCCCAGGGCCCAGUGUGGGUCUGUAAGCAGCCCUCCAAGGCAGGCACCCGGUACGGACCACUUGCGGGCGAAGUGUUCUGAGGCUGGUGGCUCUCCUUCCUCUAGGGGACCGGUAUUCUUCCCUGGGGUCCCAGGACCCCAUUUUGGUUCCUCAAGCUUUGGGGGCUUUCCCUGCACUAGGUCGCUCCCUUCAGUGCCCUGCCCCAGGGCAAGUCUUUCCCUCUGUCUCUGCCGCCACUUAGGGUUCCCGGGUGUUUCCCAGCCAUGGGGCAGGGGCAGAAAGAAGGGAAGGAGAAGCCUGGAGUUUGGACUGAGGUUGGAGGAUUAAGUUCUUCACUCACUAAGGAAGGAUUUGGGAACACAAAAGGCAGGGGUGGGUACUGGCUGGGGGGAAGUUGCAGCUCAGUGGUGCUAUUGAUUUUAAUCCCCACAUCACAAAUCACUUCGGUCUUAAAGAAACCUCACACACACACACACACACACACACACACACACACACACACUGGCCUGCCAUCCACUGGUUCAUUCCCCAAACGCCCACACCACCACAGUCAGGGCUGCCCAGGCUGAAGCCGGGAGCUAAGAACUCCAUUUAGACCUCCCACAUGGGAGGGGCCCAGGCACCUGAGCCAUCACCUGCUGCCUCUCAGGAUGCGUCAGCAGGAAGCUGGAUCAGAAGCAGAUCAACUUCAGUAUGGGGUGUAGGCAUCACACGUGGCUGCUUACCCUGCUGCGCCACGGCGCUGGCUGCUGUCACGUGAUUUUUCCAAGCAGGAGAUUUUGGGAACAUGGAAGGACACCAGCAGGUUCAUUGGACGUGCCAUAGGGCCAGGUUCUGGAAGGAGUGGCUCUGGGGAGGCUGUGGAGCAGCCAAGGACACCUUUAACACUGAGCGGAAGCCUUGCCGUGGGGAUGGCGCGCGCGGGGUGCUUCAAGCCUGCCUGAGAAAGGGGAUUUGAAAACCACGGGGGCGCCCCCAGAACAGCAAGCUGGGACGAGAGAGAGGGAGGUGACAAGGAAAGGAGAGAGGAGGGACAGAAACGUGCAGCUGUUGAGUGUUGAAUGUCAGACACAGCACUGGGGAUGAGCCAGUCCUACCACACCCCAGGACAGAUGAGUCUGAUUUCCCAGAAAAGCAUUGGAGACCGGGCUACUCCACUGGCUGCCCAACUGGCAAGAGCUUGCCGUCUGGAGACGUCUGUCAGUGGUCCGAGCUGCCGCAGCACGUGCCUCGGGAGCCGCCUCCCAUUACCAGGCUUUGAUUCAUGAACAAAGCCCUUGGCGGUGAGAAGGAGCUUCCCCUCCACGUGAACCACGAUGGAGACGUGGGCCGAGGGGCCGGAGCCGAGGCAGGCCGUGGCUAUCCUGGGAGGUGCCGGCAAGGACAGAGCGCCGCCUUCUCCCUCUCUGGCUGCACCUGCAGUAAACAGAUCCAUUUCAUUUCCUCCACAAGGCAACAGUCUGAAGCUCCCGGGUGUGAGGAUCUGUUGUGUCUGUUAUUUUUUAAAUACAGGGAUAUUUAUCAACUCCUGGAAAAUGGGUUGCACACAAAAGCCACAGUUCAGGAUCUUGGUAUGAGAUGCUCGUAUGAUACAGAACUCCACAGAAAAGACCUUUUCUGCAUAUAGGACCACACCAUUUCAGCCAGGGCUGAAGCCUUUCCCUCUGAAACCAGCAACAGUGCUAGUUUUUGUUGUUGUUACUGUUGGUUUGUUUUAAGAUUUAUUUAUUUAUUUGGAAGGCAGAGUUACAGAGAAAGAAGAAGAGGCAGAGAGAGAGAGAGAGAGAGAGCGAGGGGCCUUCCAUCUGCUGGUUCACUCCCUAAAGGCCACAUGGCUGGAGCUGCAUCAGUCUGAAGCCAGGAGCCAGGAGCUUCUUCUGGGUCUCCCAGGUGGGUUCAGGGGCCCAAGGACUUGGGCCAUCUUCCACUGCCUUUCCAGGCCAUAGCAGAGAGCUGGAUUGGAAGUGGAGCAGCCAGGACUUGAACAGGUGUACAUAUGGGAUGCUAACACUGAAGGCGGUGGCUUUACCUGCUAUGCCACAGCACCCACCCCAACAGCAUUAAAGUUGUUGCCUAGUAACAUGAUGCUACUCCCUACUUUAUAGCUCUUCUUUUUCUUCUCUUUUCUUUUAUUCUUCUGUUUAUAGUAUUUAACAGUAGGUUAAUGUGCUUACUUAAGUGUAAAUCUAAAGUAUCAUCAUGAAACUUUUCCUAAAGACGCCUCAUUCCAUUCUUCAGAGAUGAGCUAUAUAAUUUGUAUGACCCUUUGCAGGGAUUAAGUAGAAGGGGUAUGUGGGCUUCAUUCUGAUGUUUCUGAUAGGUAGGGAGCACAUCAAUCAUGAAACCAGACAGUCUGAUUAAUGCUUAGUUUCAUUUCUUACAGACUAAGCGCUACAGGUCGUAAUGGGAUGUGACUUUCCACUGUGGCUUCCUCUGACAUCCUCAGCCUCCUCCUCAUGGGACUCCUUUAUCUAGAGCAUGCGCCUAACUCCCCCACAUGUUGUUGUUGUUGUUGUUAAAGAUUUAUUUGAAAGGCAGAGUUGCAGAGAGAGAGAGGGAGAGACAGAAAUCUUCCAUCCACUGGUUCACUCCCCAGACUGCUAUAAGGGCUGGUGCUGGGUGAGACCAAAGUCAGGAGCCAGAACUCCAGCCACGUCUCCCACAUGGGUGGCAGUCACCUAAGCACUAGAGCCAUCUUCUGCUGCUCGCCCAGGCACAUCAGCAGGGAGCUGGGUUUGAAGGUCCUCCCUACUCUCUAAGACUUCCCAUCGCCCAGGAGUAAUGACGAAUUUGCAGUGAGUCAUACAUGGAUCUCAUGCUUGUACACAAUGGCAUUCAUUUGACAGACUGGGAGCCUAACAGGUGUUUGUUCCCUACACUGAGUACAUGUGGUUUGAGUGGCUGAAUCCAUGGGCUCACUCCCAACACACCCUCCUUUCCAAAGCAGGUGCCACCACGAAGUCUAAAGUUUGGCAGGCUGCGUAAUCCACCCCUAGUCACAGAGCUGGCACAGGAUGUCUGCUUGCCUCUAAGAUGGCCCGGUCAGAAUCAGUGCCGGCAUGUGGAUUUGAACACUUGUGAAGAGAGGCUGUCUUUCCCCAAGGGCACCUGAGAGAUGGGAGCAUGAACCUGGAAUGGCUGGUGGCCAUUUUACCUGAGUGGUCAUUUUACCUGUUUGAAUGAAAUCGACACAGAGAAAGCAGAGCCAAGGGACAGAGACGGAGGAAGACCAAGCCUUGAUGACGUUUAAUUUCAUUUCCACAAAGUGUUUGAAAUAUCCUUGUAUUUUCUUGUCUUUUUAAUUAAAAAAAUAUGUAUUUAGGGUGGACGUUGUGGCACAGUAGGUUAAACUGCCACUUGGAACGCCCAUAUUCCACCCAUAUCGGAGUCCAGGUUCUGAGUCCUGGCCAUUUUCCUUCUGAUCCAGCCUCACACUACUGUGCCUGGGAAGCAGUGGAUGAUGGCUCAAGUACAUGGGAGACCCAGAUGAAGCUGCUGGCUCUGGCCUGGCCCAGCCCUGGCCAUUGUGGCCAUCUGGGAGGUGAACCUGCAGAUGGAAGAUCUCUCUCUCUGUAACUCUUCCAAAUAAAUAAAUAAGUCUUUUUUAAAAAGUAGACUCGGAAUGUUACGCACAUUUGUCUGUAUCUUGCUUUUUCUUAUGAAAGGAGUUCUCCCCAGUGCACCUGGCAUAGGGCUGAUCUUUCCUGAAUUGCUGCAUCACUCUCUACGGUGAGUACAUUUCUAUUCCUGUUAGGGGCAUUUGGGGGCAUUUUCUCUUUUUCUUUCCUUUUUUCUUUCUCUUUUUUCUUUUACUGUUAUAAGAAACUCUGCAAUAAACAUCUUUGUACUUACGCCCUGAGGCACUGGUGCUUUUAUUGCUACAGAAGGGAUGGAUUCCCAAGAAUGAGAUUCCUGGGACAUGGAGGCACCUAGACACCAUGACGCUAAGUGCAGCAAGCCAAUCACUAAGGACCCUACGGGGUCUGAUCCCAUUUACAGAACAGGGACAGAAAGUGGCUGAUGACGGCCUGCGGCUGUGGGGGGAGGGAGCGCAGUUUUAGAGAAAGGUCAAGUGGUUGCUAAUGGGUGCAGGGGUUCUUUCUGGAGUGGAGAAAAAGUUCUCAGGUGGUGUGGUGAUGGUUGCACAACUCCAACUCCAUUAAAACCAUUACAUGGUGCACCUGAGAUGGGUAUGUUUUAUGGUGUGUGAAUUCUAUCUCAACGAAGCUCUUGUGAGAAUGAGUCAGAUGACUGGGUCAUUUGUGUUUUAUUAGAUGCCACCAGACAACAUUCCAAAGAGGCCGUGGCUCUUCCCAUUUCCACCAGCCCUGAGCGGGAGCACCUUUUCCCCACAUCUUCGCAAGCGAAGGGUCUUAAUGUUCUUUCCAGUUUUACCGGUCUGCUGCUGGUGAAGUGAUGUCUCAUUUUUUUUUUUAACAGAUUUUUUUAUUUGAAAGGUGAAUUGACAGAGAGGCAGACACACACACGCAAACACACACACACACACACAGAGGUCUUCCAUCCACUGGUUCACUCCCCAAGUGGCUUCAAUGGUUGGAGCUGGGCCAAUCCGAAGCCAGGAGCCAGGAGCUUCUUCUGGGUCUCCCAGGUGGGUGCUGAGGCCCAAGGACUUGGGCCAUCCUCUACUGCUUUCCCAGGCCAUAGCAGAGAGCUGGAUCGGAAGUGGAGCAGCUGGCUCUUGAACCGGCGCCCAUAUGGGAUGCUGGCACUGCAGAUGGUGACUUUACCUGCUAUGCCACAGCAGUGGUCCCCUGAUGUCUCAUUUUUACUUUAAUUUGUAUUUCCUGGGAAGAUUCUCAUUAUAAAAGUUGAAUUCUAUUUCAGUGUCUGAGGCAGUGAAUAUGAGGCUCCUCUGACAUCACGUCUCCCCCAAGUAAUCACUCUCCAAGUAAGCACUCCUCAAAUAGGUGGGUUUCCAGGCCCCUCUCUACACACGUAUAAACUAGCAAACAUAGCAUGCUGUUUUACAGCAAAGAGAUCACGCUGGGAUGUAUUUCAAGGACUUGCUUUGCUCACAUGACAGUAGUUCUUGCAGAUCUUUCCCAACAAAUGUAUCUCUACCUCACUCUUCCUGAUGGUUAAAUAUAUACCGCAGUGUGGAUGGAUUCUAGUUUAUGUAAACAUUGAUAGCAAUUAGAGUGUAUCCAAUAUUUUGCCAUUUCAAAUCAGGUCUCAAUGAACAACCUUGUUCAUACUUAAAAAAAAAAAAAACUGAAAUGAGAGUCACAUAACGGCCGGCACCGUGGCUCAAUAGGCUAAUCCUCCACCUUGCGGCGCCGGCACACUGGGUUCUAGU